UCGUGAUUUCGGUUUAACUGCUCCACUGAUAAUCGCUAUCUAAAUUUCUAUUGACCUUCAUUGACUUCUUUGAAAAAAAAUUAAUAACCGAAAUAAGUAAAAAAGUGAAGUACAUUUGAUCGGUCCGUUCGACGUAACCAUUGUCUUGAAUCAUUUUUGACUUAUCUCUUGCAAUACGUAUAACUGAUCUGGGAUUUCGAACCUUUCGAAAAGUCAUCCACGAUUCUGCAAAAUGUUAUUUAGAGAAAUGUAAUUGGUAAAACAUGCACGACAUCCAAGACGGGUUUUGCUACAUGUCAUUCUGGUUUUGUGAAGCGUGUCCUGGAAAUUAGUAAUUUCCGGGUGACGAUACGUAAUCAGUCGAAAAGAAAUGAAACGUUUGUAUUAAAUAUCGAUCGGUGCCGUAGGAAUACCAUGAAGAUUUAUUUUUAGGCUAUCCCACGUGUUUGUCAAAAAUAGCAUAACCCCACUUACAUUGCCUGACAUCUUUGCCCGAGUAUGAAACCACCGAAAAAACCAUGGCAAGUUGGACAAAGAAACGCCGUCUCGGAAACGAAGCUAACUUGAGCGUGGCGAAAUCUACAUUGUCUAGAGACAAAAAUAUGUUCUGUUGGGGUAGUGCCAUACAUGGAGAACUUGGACUGGGAGGCAUCGAAGACGAUAAUAUCCUUUUACCUAGACAGGUGGAUUUUAAGAAAGCAAGAGAAAUUGUACAAAUUGCUUGCGGUGAAAACUACACGAUUGUUGUGAUCCAAGAUGGCGAGAUUUAUUCCUGUGGAAAUAAUGAUUAUGGACAGCUUGGCCAUGACAAACCACGAAAAAGGCUACAGAUGAUAGAUAGCAUACCUGGGAACAUUUUUAAGAAUGCAGCAUGUGGAAGCAGUCAUACGGUAGCAGUUAAUGAAUGGGGACAAUUAUUUAGCUGGGGUUGCAACUCCGAAGGUCAAUUAGGUCAAGAUUCGACUAAAAAUGCUGAGUUUAUACCACGUAUGGUGAGAACAUUAGGGACAAGUAUUGUUGUACAAAUAUCAUGUGGCCUGAAUCAUACUCUUGCGUUAACGAAUAAUGGAGAUUUGUAUGCUUGGGGUAGUAAUAACGACGGGCAGCUUGGUCUUGGGCCUGAUAUUAAAAAGGAAACCAAACCCAAACAUAUACAGAGUUUAGCUACAGUACCAAUUGCAUUUAUCGCCUGUGGUGGUUAUCACAGCAUAGCAGUUUCGAAAUCAGGGGCUGUUUUUGCAUGGGGAAAGAACUCCUUUGGUCAGCUUGGCUUAAACGAUACCGUUAAUAGAAGUCACCCUGUUCACCUGAGAACAAUGAGAAAUUCCAAAGUGUGUUACGUAGCCUGCGGUGAAGAUUUCUCGGUGUUCCUAACUAUGGAUGGUGGAGUAUUUAGUUGUGGAGCUGGAAUGUAUGGUCAACUGGGUCAUGGAAAUAAUAGCAAUGAAAUAUUACCUCGGCAAAUAAUGGAACUGAUGGGCAGUAUAGUUACUCAAAUAUCUUGUGGAAGAAGACACACAUUGGCAUUAAUACCUUCUCGUGGAAGAGUUUAUGCUUGGGGAUUGGGUGGGGCUGGACAGUUAGGUACUCGCUUAGCCAGAAGUAUAGCUACUCCACAAGAAGUAAACGGUCCAUGGACAUCUAAUAAAUCGUCUAUGGUUGAAUACAAAUCUGAAUCCGAUCCUUAUGCUAAUUGUGUAGUAAGACAUAUUUUCACCGGUUGGGAUCAUUGUUUUGCAACAGUUACACCAAGGCAGGAUAACAUAAAACCUGAUGACUGCAGAAUGUUACCUCCCAUGUCACAAAUUCUGACCGUAACGGAGGAGCAACUGACUGCUUGUCAAAGAGUUCCUCGAGGCGCACUAGUAGAUCAUGACCUUUUGACAUAUCUGGAGACUGUCUUCAGGAGUCAGGCGUGCAUUAAUGCUUCUUUUCUACUUGCUAACGAUGCUCAUUAUGGAUGCUCAAGUAAACUCCCUGGAGUGGAUGAAGAAUGCGCUAUCAGAUUAUUCGGAAUUAUUUCAGAAUUGGAGAACGAUACAAUUAAAGACUUGAUAUUCACCAGCAUUACGGAGAGCCUUAUACCAUCCCUAAAACCUUCACCUCCGGAUGUGGAAUGUUUGCGAGUGUACCUGACAUUGCCUUUCUACUGUGGUUUUGCCAACGUUAAAAAUUACAAAAUUAUACAUAAACCUUUUGCCAAGGCGGUUUUAGGACUGAAACCCGAAGCCCUGAAGGUUAUUAAACUAUGGUGGAGUAAGGCAUCGACUUACUUUUUUGAUCGACUUGUCCGUACUUACAAAGCUGUUGUGUUGGACUUUUUAAAUCGUCCAAAAGUGAAGGAAAGCAAGAGCGUUUCAUGGGACCCAGCGCUUGAACUUGCUUUAGACUUGUUGCGGAUGUUGAAUAAAAUCAGUCAUUCAGCACCGGAAGGCUUACGAGUGCCUUGUACAUCUUUCCACUUACCAGAAUUAUCAGAAAUCAUAGAUAUUAAAACGGACUAUUUCAAAUGGAUUACGGAAAAGGGCAAUCAUUCUUAUCGGAAGAUAUACUUCUGCGAUUAUCCCUUCUUGUUCGAUGCCCAGGCGAAGAUAAUAUUACUGGAAACCGAUCAAGCUAUACAGAUGCAAUCCGCAAUGAAUGAAGCUGCUACUCGAGCUAUAACUCACAUGCUACUUUCUUCUUUCCCCAUAAAUGAGGCCGAUGCUCAUAUGCACCGCCACCAAUUCGUCACUCUAAACGUAUCGAGGGAAAAUUUAGUAGCGGACACAUUGAGAGAACUGUCACAAUACGACUCUAGUGAUCUUAAGAAACCUCUCAGAGUAAAAUUCCACGGGGAAGAAGCGGAAGAUGCAGGUGGUGUUAAAAAGGAAUUCUUCUUACUUCUUCUGAAGGAAAUCCUUGACCCUAAGUAUGGGAUGUUCAAGCAAUACGAGGAAACCAGAACCAUUUGGUUUAGUGAAGAUUCACUAGAGGAUGAAGCCAUGUAUUUUUUAAUAGGGCUUCUAUGUGGACUCGUUAUCUAUAAUUUUAUUAUCAUCGAUUUGCCGUUCCCCUUGGUGCUGUACAAGAAAUUGCUACAUGAACCCGUUGGAUUGAGUGACGUCAACGAUAUGUCCCCAGUUCUCGCUAAGAGCCUGCAGAACAUUCUCGAUUACGAGGAGCCAGAUUUAGAGGAGGUGUUUUGUUUGUACUUCGAAGUGACCAGAGAAGUCUUCGGGGAGCGAAAAAUCUAUGAGCUGAUACCAGGCGGCAGCAAAAUUCCUGUAACGAUAAAUAAUAAGAAACAAUUCGUGGACCUGUACGUAGACUACAUUUUAAACAAGUCAGUAGAAUCUCAUUUCGAAGCUUUCCAUCAAGGCUUCCAUAAAGUAUGUGGCGGCCGAGUACUUGAACUAUUCCAUAGCCAUGAGCUGAUGGCGGUAGUGGUUGGAAAUGAGAAUUAUGACUGGGUAGAACUUGAAAAAAAUUCCACGUACAAGGAAGGCUACACAAAAGACGACCCUACGAUUGUUCUUUUCUGGCAGGUCUUCCAUGAACUACCAUUGGAAGAGAAGAAAAAGUUUUUACUCUUCUUGACCGGGAGCGACCGAAUCCCUUUGCAGGGCAUGAAAGCUAUCAAGAUCACCAUACAACCUUUGGCCGAUGAAAGACUUCUACCCGUUGCUCAUACUUGCUUCAAUAUUUUGGACUUGCCACGAUAUCAGACUCGGGAAAGAUUAAAGUAUAAAUUGUUACAGGCUAUUCAACAAACUCAAGGUUUCUCAUUAGUUUAACUCUUGAGCUGAGGGAUGAGACAAUCCUGACGAACUAACUAAAAAAAAGUCAUGCAGAUACAGAUUGACUCGCACACUAAGUCGAAGGUUGAUUAUGAUCUAAUGCUGAUCGAAAGUAAACUUUUCUAUACAUCGAUCUCCGUUGCCGCAGUGUUGGCGACUCAUUUCAUUUCACCCACGUAAAUUUUGGUCUAUCGGCAAACCUCUUGCAUACUUAAUUUUGGAGUCAAAAGGAAAUAUUCUUGUAUACGUAAACCGGGUUUCUAGUCACAAAACACCAUCGCGAUGUCAUGUAAACGAUCUGCAUUUUUUUUUUUUCUUCUAAAACCCGUCAAAGAGAUUGAACGAGGAUGUUUAUUUUUUUAUCGCCUUUGAAUAUAUAACAAAUGGGUUUCUUCCAUAUUAAUGAAUCUAGAAAUCUUAUAGCGGAAACCCGUAUUCGUUGAAGAAGAGAAAUAUCUCAGGGAAGGUUUCCAGCAUGUCGAAGCGUGGUUUUUAAAUACGACCAUCCUAUUUUCUGAGAAUAUUGAGUGUUUUUCAGAAAACGCUGAAAUGUUUUAUAAGCUGUACCUCGUUACGAUGUUUUAUGAGAAAUUUAUAUUACUUUUAUAGCUUGAACGAAUCUAAAGAAAAAGGGGGGAAAAAGAGAGAAAAUCGAACUGUGCGCGUGCCUUGAGUAAAUCGGUACAAACCCGGCAUUGAUCGAAUGAAAGAUAAUGUUUCUUUAUUUAUUUAUCACUGAAGAAAUCUAUUCCGUUUUCCUGUAAAAAAUACUAAUGAUUAAACAAGAAAUAGAGAGAUCUAUUUUGCUAUAAAAUACCUCUCGGAGAGCAAGACAUAGCAUAAUUAAGUUAGAUUAACUGUUGGUAACUUUAAUUGACACGAUUGGGAGCUAAAUGCAUCAUGCAAUGUUAUACAAAUCAUGUACUAUUACUGAUAGAUCAAUGUGAGACGAUAGCGAAUAAAUGUUUGUAAAAUAAACGGAAAAGUGGAAUGAGA